AUGGGAAGAUCACCAUGCUGCGACAAAGUUGGGUUGAAGAAAGGAACGUGGACAGCCGAGGAAGACCAAAAGCUCUUGACUUACAUCGAACGACAUGGCCAUGGAAGUUGGCGAGCCCUCCCAUCAAAAGCUGGGCUUCAAAGAUGUGGCAAGAGCUGUAGACUUAGGUGGACAAAUUAUCUGAGGCCUGAUAUCAAGAGAGGAAAAUUCAGUUUGCAAGAAGAACAGACCAUUAUCCAACUCCAUGCACUUCUUGGAAACCGAUGGUCAGCCAUAGCAGCUCAUCUGCCGAAGCGAACAGACAACGAGAUAAAGAACUACUGGAACACACAUCUGAAGAAGAGACUAACCAAGAUGGGCAUCGAUCCUGCUGGUGAUCUUGAAGACAACAGAAAAUAUUGGAAUAAUAUCCUCGACAAUUUGGUUACUUUCACCUCGAGCUCGCUCGUUAGCGCUAACGAGCCAUAAUAUGCACUCGAACUCGACUCGAAAAAAGGAAAUGUGACUCGAACUCGAGCUCGAGCUCGACUCGUUUAUCACAAACGAGCCAGGCUCGGACGAGCUCGAGCUCGAGC